UUUAUAGGAUGUGUAGAAUAAAGCUGUUCGAAGCUUUGUAUGAUAAGGAUGUGACCGAUUCCCAAUUUCAUACAAUCGCUUUGGCGGGAAAAUUCGAGCAAUGAGAAAUCGACAUAAACGGAGAACUGCUUAUCGUCAUUCUAUUCUUUUUGUUUCCUCAGUUCUGAUAUUUUUUGUUAGUAUUCUUUAUUCUUGUUCCCGUGUAGGAUUCAUUCAAACCAAGUCCAGGGAAAAGUUGAAAGAGUUGUUCUACUUACAAGGCUAUUUGAAUGAGUCACUAGCCAAACACUUCUGUUUCUUUGGGCCUCAUUCAAGAAGUGGAAAUCCAGGCAUCUUUCCUUCUCCAGUUUGCGUUGGAAAACACCAAGGUUUGGAGGGCAUUGUUAUUGAGAGGCCAAUAGUUAUUUACAAUAUCACACCCGAUGGGAACGUAAAUCACGCAUACCAUGGUGAUAUUUAUGGAUUCCAUUUUUUUCUUGCUAAUUGUUUAGAAUAUUUGGGAGAAAAUAUUUUUAUUGGCCUUCCGCAUUUAUAUUCAAAGGAUUUGAAGAAGGAACUCGGCUCAAAGGAUAACAAUUGGCAAACUUGGGCAAUACUGCUAGCAGCUAUAUAUUCUGUCGGAAAAAAUAAUAUCUUAUUUGCAGAUUCACGUUUACACUGCUUUCCUUAUGCAGUAGUUAUAGACGGUGGUGCCUGGGAAACAUAUUGGACUGCUCCGUUUUCUAUUUAUCCUGUGAACCUGACAUCUAAGAAGACAAGUGAAAUUCUUCUACAAGCUCCUGAGUCUAUGAAAGCCAAGGCAGUAUUUUUUUUUCAAAGGGCUUCUCUUGCUUUACUUUCCAACAACAUAACGGUGAAAGAAGAAAAAGCCGACAAAUUACGAGUAACUGUCUAUGCAAGAAUGGAUACCAAUAGACGUAUUUGGAGAAACUGCAAUGAAACUUUGGAAAGACUUGAAAAGAUCAGCUGCAUUGAAAUUCAGUACGUUGAGAAAAUGCCUGCAUCUUUUAUAGAACAAGUGCGUCUCUUUUACGAGACAGAUAUUUUCAUUGCUCCACAUGGAGCAGCGAAUGUCAAUUCCAUGUUCAUGCAAAGAGGCCGCUUCUUCAUAGAGAUUGAAAAUAGAUGCAAGCGGACUGCUGGAAGCUUCCAAUGGGCUUUUUGGCAUGCUCCAAAGGUAGGGGUUCAGAUGAAGAUUAUUUCUUGUACACCAUUACAUUAUCAGAAACAAACUGAAACGCAUUCGGAGUUGAUCGAUUUUAAUGCAAAUACUGAUGAAUUAAUGAACGUUAUCCACGAAGCUAUAUCCUCAUUGAAAUCUAACUGCAAAUAAGUUUAACCCUGUCUUGUGAGAGAAUUGAAGAGAAUGGAGACUCAUAUCAAGCUCUCCUAGGUUUCCUUAUGAAAAUUUAUCCUUAUCAAGCGUCCACUAAGUCGUUAAUGUACAUCGUUUGUGUGCCGAAGAAAUUUUCGAACAAAACU